GAGGCAGAGUGGGCAGGUGCCGUCGCGAGCGGUGGCUGGUUGGCUGUGUGCGGCCGCAGCGCCCCGUAGGGCAGAGCGCGGACGUGCGGCCCGACCCGGCCCGGCUCUCCCCUCCCCUUCACUUCACCCGGGAGGAGCGGGACGGAGGCGCGGGCUGCGUCUGCCCACCGCGAGGGGACGGGCGGGCGGUGGCGGAGGUGUGAGGCAGGGCGGGGGAGGUGAGCAGGCAGCGGCCGCGGCUCAGAGGCACCGGAGCAGCCGCGCACCGGCUGACGCGGCGAUCGCUCCUUCCCGUCCCACCGGCGGGGCUGAGCCCGCGGCCCCGCCGCAGAGCAGCGCGGGCUCGGCGGCGGCAGCCCCUCCCGCUGGUAGCCCCCGACCCGCCGCGCCCCAGGACGAUGCCCGCCCGCUCGCUGCAGAAGAAGGCGUGACGGCGAGGCGCGGAGCCGCCGCCGCGGGAAGGAGGAGCGGCGCCCCGCACCUCCGCAGCCGGGGGUGGGCGGGCAAGCGAAUCGGGGGAGCGCGGCGGCAGCAGCCCGCCACCAGACGCCUCACGCCGGGAGUCCCAUGCCAGCGCCGGUGCCGCGGUUCGCUGUGCUUUCUCGGGAAAAUGCUCCGGUGCCCGCCGCGCUGCCGGUAGGGCUGCUGGGGGGAGCGGCGGCGUGGAGCCCUGCGCGCACCGCCUGCCCUAUCCCGCUCCGCCUCUGAGGCGCACAGAGCCCUCGGCGGCCGCUCUCGUCCCGGCCAGAAGCGCCGCAGCCGCCGCCAGCCCCUCGCGGAGAAGGCGAGCGCCUCCGCGUCCGCCCGCAGGAGGGGAUCCGUCUGCCCCCGGAGCCACCGCCACCACCCGCCCGGGGGCCGGAGCCGCUGCCUGCGGGCGCCCGGUGGGGCCGACGGCCAUGGGAGCCCGGCCCGCGGGGGGCGCUCCCUAGGGCGCGGGCGGCCCCGCUCGGCCCGGCAGCUGCCAGCCGGCGGCGCGGCCCCCCGGGCCUGCACGGCGCGGCCCGCCUAGCGCAGCGGCCCGCCGCCACGGGGCUGCGGAGCUGCCGGCGCGGCCAGGAGCGCCCCGGGGACGCGGCACCGCCGGCGCCCGGCGCCGCCGGCCGCCAUGGGGGAACAACCUAUCUUCAGCACCCGAGCUCAUGUCUUCCAGAUUGACCCAAACACUAAGAAGAACUGGGUUCCCACCAGCAAGCAUGCUGUCACUGUGUCCUACUUCUAUGACAGCACAAGGAAUGUCUACAGGAUAAUCAGUUUGGAUGGCGCAAAGGCAAUAAUAAAUAGCACCAUCACCCCCAACAUGACAUUUACUAAAACAUCCCAGAAGUUUGGUCAGUGGGCAGACAGCAGGGCAAAUACAGUCUAUGGCUUGGGAUUUUCAUCCGAACAUCACCUUUCAAAAUUUGCUGAAAAAUUUCAGGAAUUCAAAGAAGCUGCACGACUAGCAAAGGAAAAAUCCCAAGAAAAGAUGGAGCUAACAAGUACACCCUCUCAAGAAUCAGCUGGAGGGGAUAUUCAGUCUCCUUUAACACCGGAAAGUAUUAACGGGACAGAUGAUGAGCGAGUGAUGCCAGAAGUGACGCAGAACUCAGAACCAAGGGCUGAACCAACCCAGAACGCAUUGCCAUUUACCCAUAGUUCGACAAUCAGCAAGCAUUGGGAGGCAGAACUGGCCACACUCAAGGGUAAUAACGCUAAGCUCACAGCAGCCCUGCUGGAGUCCACUGCCAAUGUAAAACAAUGGAAACAACAACUUGCUGCAUAUCAAGAGGAAGCAGAACGUCUUCAUAAGCGGGUGACUGAGCUAGAGUGUGUGAGCAGUCAAGCCAAUGCAGUCCACACUCAUAAAACAGAAUUAAACCAGACAAUACAGGAGCUAGAAUCUACGCUGAAGAAAAAAGAAGAGGAAAUAGAAGGAUUGAAACAAGAAAUCGACAAUGCCAGAGAGCUCCAGGCACAGAGGGAUUCUCUGACCCAGAAGUUACAGGAAGUAGAAAUUCGAAACAAAGACCUGGAAGGCCAGCUGUCUGAUCUAGAGCAACGUCUGGAGAAAAGUCAGAAUGAGCAAGAAGCAUUUCGCAAUAACUUGAAGACACUUUUAGAAAUUCUUGAUGGAAAAAUAUUUGAACUAUCAGAGUUACGAGAUAACUUGGCCAAGCUAAUAGAAUGCAGCUAAAGAAAAUGGGUUUUCAGUGCCAAUCAGUUUAAAGAUGCACUGUCUCUCUUCAUAAGACUGUGUUGGGCUCUGCAUCAAAGUUGCACAAAAUUAGAGAAUGCUCCUCUGAGAGGGCUUGUUUUAAAAUUGAGUCAUAUUUCAAUGUAAAAUUUAGAACUUACUUAGCCGUAUCUUGAUGAAGAAAAAACACAACAAAAAAACUUGAAUUACAAAUUACCUCCUUGUACAUUAUUGGCCACAGAUAACUUGAAAGAUAUUAAUAGUAAUUGAAUGCAAUUCUUUUCUAAUUAUGAGUUGUGGAAGAAUUAGCAGUGUCCCAGGUCACUUCCCCUUUUUAUGAUAGAUACAGUAUAGGUUGUCUGCUGUUUUAUUUAUUUAAGAUAUUUAAUUGCUGUGUUUUGUGCAAGAACUUAGUGAUGACAGCCCUGUAUUUUGUUGUUCUUAAUAAUUUCUCAGGAUACUUUGCACUGUGGAGAAGCAGUGCCAUUACCAAUUUAUUCUUGCCAGGAGUGAGAGAGAGUUGCAUCUUUAAUUGAAAAAAAGUCACUAUAACUGCUUGUAUAAAAUUCUUUCUUUGGGGGUUUUUUGGUUGGUUGGUUUGGAUUUUUUUUAACAUAUAUAUAUAUGUACACACAUACACACAUAUAUAUAUAUACUGGAAGAUAUGGUAUUUCUUUAUGGAGCUUACUCUGGUGUUCUGCAGUAUUGUCCAAUGUAAGGUUUACUUUCUCAUGAAUUCCAUGUAAUUACAGUGAGAUGCUAUCUUCCACUUAACUGUAUUUUGAAGCCAACCAAUGACAGAAGGUGAGUCCCCCAGAAGAAAGGGGGAAAAAAAAAAGGGCAAAAACCCCCUGAGAAUUUUAAAUGUAAAAUUUGACAUGCACAGACAACAAGGAAUAGCUAGUCAUUUGUUUUCUGGCCUUGAUACAUAUAUUGAAUAUGUAUGUUCAAUUAACUGUUACCCUGUUCUGCAGGAGACUUUUUCAGAAUGUCUCAUGAAUUUCAGGUUUUGUGAAUAAUGGCUUAUGAAGAGUACUGUUUUAUUACAGAUUGCAUUAAGGGCAUAGAGCUGUUGCAAGGAAUUACUCGUACACUGAACUUGUCCAACCAAGAAAGCUGCUUGUAGAAGUUUUAUUGUCAUAGCAAAUUGAAAUGGAGACGUUUACUCUUUUAUGGUCUUCAUAUCACAUCUUAAUUGAAAACACCAGGCAAUAUUCUGAACUGUUAACUAAAUGUUUAAAAACAGGAAAUUGAAUUCAAUUAUCCUCUAUGAGCAGGUUUUAAAGUUAUUUUGAUGUAAUUUUAACAGACUUUUGGCAAACACACAUGUCUUUAUAUAAUAGAUUUAUUUAAAAAACAAAAACCUCUUUGAAAGGUAAGCCAAGUGUCAUGCAUCUUGCAUCAAAGUACAUUCUCGCCAUAAACUGCUUGUAAUGCUGAAGAGGGCUUUUUUAAAAUGUAAGGAUGAAUGUCAGACUUCAGAGUCAAAAGAUGCAUGGACCUUUGUUUGCUCCCCAAAUUAAUUUGAAUGGUAAACAUGAAAUCUAGCUGCUUAUUAAAUUUGUACAACACAAUUUUCUCCACUUAGAGACUACUAUUCAAAACUAGAAAAUACAAGUUUGUUUUCAUGUGUGUACUGUGUGUAUGUACACCAUGCAAUACACACAGGUUCUCAUUUUUAUUAGAAAUACAUGCUUUAUUUCUAAAAUACUGGGUUUUUUUUCUUUACCAGUGAUUUAUCAGGUCUCCCCUGACUAAUCAGGAAAAUGGUUUAGGUCAAAUGCUAAACCGUUGUGUAUUAUACGGUAUGUAAUGUAGACAAUGUUUAAGUUUUCUCCAUAUUUUGGGGGUAUUUUCUCAUUUAUUUUAUUUAUUAAAGGGGUGGGGGGAGCUUGGUUCAGCGUGCUGCUGGUUGAAAACUUACUUUGUGGUGAGCUACAUGUUUUGCAUUUGGUGGAUUUUACACGGUGGCGUGUAUAUCUUCAUCAUGUCCAGAUGAGCAGAUACUACCAUUUUUUUAAUUUUAUUGGGGAUGUUUUGGCCUGAUUCUCCUGUCACUUUAGCUGCUGUAAACCGGAUGUGUCCUUGAUGUGUCCUUGUGUUAUGACAACUGAAUGUCAGUAAGAUUCAGAUGUCAUAACAUCUGUGGAAGUACAAGGAGAAUCUGGCCUGUUGAUGCUCAGUGGACAUAAUAAGGAUGAAGAAAGAAUAAAAACACAAAACGUUAAUGAUGGAAUAAAUGUAAUAUUAUUUUUAAUGAUAUUAUUAUUGACUUUUUAAAGAUACUAUGUCAUUUACAUGUGGGAAAACAGUGGACAGAAAUAUUUCCACUUAAAUUUUGUGACUAUGUGUGGUACAUGAGUAUUUCUAUGUAUACGUACACACACAUAUGUAUAUACAGAACAUGGAAAAAUUUAGAUGUGCACAUUUUUAAUAUUUUCCUAUUGAAAUUAAAUUUAAAAUUGGAAAUUGAUAUUUGAGAAUUUCUUUUCUCGUAGAGUAGAUACGUUUCAUUUCUUUUUUUUUUUUUUUUAUUUUAACAAUACAGUUACGGAGGACUGCACCUUUGAAUUCCCAAAUAGUUGCCAAACAUAAAUGUGGGAUAAGGUGGACACACGUGCACAUAUAAAUAAAGUCCUAUUGCUAAGACUAUUUUUAAUGUUUAUGUACAGUAGGUGAGUGUUUAGAAAUUGCGAUCUAAAGUUCAUACUUAGGUGGCUAUACCUACUGUAGACUCUACACUUCUGUUUUACAAUGAAAGUUUGCCCACUUGGAACAUUACUUUCCCAGAGACAGGUACUAUACAUUUGUAGGAAUAUAUAUAGGAGGAAACAGUGUUGAGUACUAUAGCCUGAAAACAUGACCAUGAACUUGCACUGUAGGGGAGAGCAGUCACAUUGUGUGUAACUUCUUAUAUGGCAACUACAGUGUUGUAAAAAAAAGAGCAGAAUUACCAAAAGCCUAAUACAUACCCAACAAAAACCAAACCAAGCAAACAAACAAAAAAAAAGAAAAUAAAAAAAGAAAAAUCAAAAAUGCAGUUUUUUAUUUUGAAAUACACUUGCUGUUCUCUGGAGAAUGUAAUUUUACUGUUUAGUUUUUUCUUAACUCUUUUGGAAGUAUGUGCAAGUGAUAGCAGCAGCUACCUUAAUCUUUCAGGUGCUACUGGAUUUUGCAUUACUAGUGUGUUAUGUUAUGAAAUCCUGACUUUGACAUGAAAGAUUUUUGUAAGUAUAUCCCCAUCUGGAUAGUUAGUUUUUGGAGUGUCUUGUUCAUAAUCCAUAUGCCUCAAUGACCCAGAAAUUGCAUUUUUCUAUGUGGACAAAGUAAAAUGUGUGAAUUAAUGUGUCUGUUACAGACUGGGAAUUCCUUUUCCUGGGUAAUAUAUCCAGGAAAGAGGAGGACAAAAUGAACUGAUAAUGCAGAAAUGCUGUUAUGAGGUCUCUAAGAAAAUACAUUUUCAGGUAAAAUAAAAAUAAAUAAAGGGCUAAACCAGAUGUAA